AGCGUUCAAUAGAAAACCUAAUCCCCCUUAAUUCUAAAGAAAGCAUGCUAUGCUGCAGAAAUUCGAUGAAGACGUUUUGGAGCAAAUCCUGUCACAUCUACAAGUCAAAGAUCUCUUGAGAUUCAAAUCAGUCUCCAAGAAAUGGAAUUCCAUAAUCUCCACCCCACGUUUCGUUAACCUGCACCUCAACAAAUCAAUGUCCACCCCUUCCCACCACAGGAUCAUCAUGCCAUAUCCCAAAUCAUUUCGGGCCGUCGAUUUCCACAUAAUGGACGUCCAAGAUCAUUUGCCCAGGCCCGAAGAAGCCGUCGGCACUUUCGUCGGUUCCUCCGGUGGUCUGAUCUGUUAUUUAGACAAGUUGACUAGGAGAAUCUGUGUGUGGAAUCCAUCUCUCAGGCUAUCAAAAACCCUAGAUUUGAACAUACAAGGAAGCGUUUCUUUCUUCUGGUUCGGGCGAGAAUCCUCCGACGAUGAAUACAAGGUUGUCUUAGGGAUUCGAUCCGUCGUUAGAAAAAAUACAGACCCUAAUUUGUAUGCAAUUAGGAGAAUCACGAUAAUGCCGGACCAAGACGAAUAUAGAAAUCAUAUAUAUGUAAUUAUGCCGUUUGCUUGCGUAUCGGAAUCGUCUACCCAAUUAGAAGUAGAUCAUAUAUAUUUCUCUUCCUCGGAUGAGGGUACCCUUUUUUCCGGACUAGUGCAUUGGUUUGCGGGCAGCUAUCGAAUUAAAUCGGCUAUUGGAUCAAUCUAUCACGAUGCGGUGUUUACGUAUGAUUUGGGCGGGAAAACUCUCGGAAAACUAUCGACGCCUGUGGGAUUGAGUUCUAGCACGGGGUCGAUUGGGGUGAUAGAUGGGUGCCUUUCUGCAAUAUACCGAGUUUGUGGGGGCGAUUGUGCAAUUUACGAGUUUUGGAUGAUGAAGGAGUACGGUGUGAAGGAAUCAUGGACUAAGAUGACGAGUUUGUCGUUCGGUAACUGCGAUGAUGGUUUGUCGUCCUUUUCGCGGUUGAAAUUAGUUGGAGCUACUGAUACUGGGGAUUUAAUUUUAUGUUGCGCUCCGGAUUGUCAACUUUUGAUAUAUAAUGUGGCGGAAAAGAAAUCGAAGAUUGUUUUGUCCAAUGGUUACGGGUUUGCGAGAAUGUACGUCGAGACUUUGGUUUUCCCCUAAAUUGGCAUUAAUGCAGCAAAACACAAGGUUAAGAAAUUGUUUUUUCU